CGCUGCUCCCUCGGCACCGGCUGGGUGAUCCCGUUUUCCCGCAGACAUGUCUCUGAACCAGAUGCAAAUCAAGCAGGAGCUCACGCUCCCACCCGGUUUGGGCAAAACCACCCCAAAACAGAGCCCGGAGCUGUCGCAGCAUCCCCAAAUCCCGGUGCCCGCCCCGUGCCCCGAGACGCUCCCGGCGGUGCCAAAAUGCCCCGAAAAAGCGAUUCCAGAGCCGGGCGUGGAACCGGGGCAAGGGGAAGCUCCGGUGCCUCAGUGCCCGCCCCAGGAGCAGCAGCAGCAGAACGAAUCCCUUCCGAUAUUCCCGAAAUCCGAAGAGAAAUCCUGCCCGGAACCGACGGCGGCAGCGCUGGAGCAGCAGGAGGAGAUCCCGGUUCCCGUGGCUGCCCCCGAGGUGCAGGAGAAGCAGCAGUGCCGGGAAAUCCCGGUGUCCAUCCCAGAAAAACAGGAGUGCAAGGAAAUCCCGGUGUCCGUCCCUGACCCUGUCCCGUGUACCCAGGAAAAGCAGCAGUGCCGGGAAAUCCCGGUGUCCAUCCCAGAAAAACAGGAAUGCCAGGAGAUCCCAGAAAAGCAGCAGUGCCAGGAAAUCCCGGUGUCCAUCCCUGAUCCUGUCCCGUGUGCCCAGGAAAAGCAGCAGUGCAAGGAAAUCCCGGUGUCCAUCCCAGAAAAGCAGGAAUGCAAGGACACCCCUGUCACCAUCCCAGUUUCAUGCCCUGAACCCAUUCCAUGUGCCCAGGAAAAGCAGGAAUGCCAGGAAACUCCGGUGCCAAUCCCGGUUUCGUGCCCUGAACCCGUCCCGCAUUACCAGGAAAAACAGGAGUGCAAGGAAAUCCCGGUGUCCAACCCUGAAAAACAGGAGUGCAGGGAAAUCCCGGUGUCCAUCCCAGAAAAGCAGGAAUUCCAGGACACCCCGAUCCCAGUCCCACUCCCAGACCCUGUCCCGUGUUCCCAGGAAAAGCAGGAAAUCCAGGAGACCCCGGUUCCCACCCCGUGUUCCCAGGAAAAGCAGGAAUUCCAGGAGAUCCCGGAGCAGCGCUCCCUUCCCGAGAAAUUCCCUCCCCUGGAGCAGCAGCUGGAACAGCCCGGCCUGUGGCAGAAGUAGAGGGAAAAUCCCGA